AUGACGCCUUGUUAUGGUUUGGAGCCAUUAACAGCAUCACCAAAUCGUGAAAUCUGUCACGUAAUACUAUUUGUACAGGAAAUAUCUAUAAUGACUGUAGUUCUUAACUACCAAGCUCUCCUUUUAUUCCUCAUAGCCCAUACAGCAGCUAUGUACCAAAUGCUUACCGCUGAAAUGCUGGUUUUCGGCAAAAUUGAAAAUAUUGAGGAAGUAAAUGUUCUAGUUCAGAAGCAACUACCAUUUCUAAUCGAACGUCAUGCCUUGACUUUGAAGAUUAUAGCAAAUUUAAAAUCCUUAUACAGUAUGCCGAUAGGAGUCAAUUUUGGUUCAAAUGCUGUCUGCAUAUGUUUGUUCUUUUAUCUCUCUUUACGCGAAUGGGUGACUUUCUCACCAGUCCUCAUAUAUUGCUUUCUCGUUUUCUUCUUAUAUUGUUUUCUUUGUCAACGUCUCAUUAAUGCAGCGGAGGUGUUCGAAAAUGCAAUUUAUAGCUGUGGCUGGGAAAAGUUUGGUAUAAAGGAGAAGAAAACGAUAUACGUCAUGUUGUUACAAGCACAAAAGCCGAUAUCGCUUCUAGCAGCUGAUAUAAUACCUGUGAACAUUUAUACUUUCGCUAGUACUCUACGUGCUAUGUAUCAGUUUAUAACUGUAGUUAAAUUU